CCGGAAGCUUAAGCAGAUGUUCGUUCUUUCUAGCUUUGCAAUGGAACACCUACUCCGUUGUAUUUGUAACGACUUGGUAUUUGCUAACUAGCGACACACACCGUCUCUAUCAUGGAGUCACAGGUGAUUACCAACCCUGAGGAAAUUGUCCGACUCUACAGAGAACUCAGCCUCUUCCCUUCCUUGAGCAAAGCAGAUUUGGGACCUGUCAUCACUUCUCAGUAUGGAGGCAAAUACAGCAACAUCUACACAGAAUGGAGCCAGCGUGACCUGGAGAGGAAUGAGAAUGUCAAGUUUUGCAGACAGUACAUUGUAUUCCACGAUGACAAGUCGGUGGUCUUUUCUGGGGCCUCUGGAAACAGCACUGAGAUCAAAGGAGAAUUGCUAAGUAAAGAUUCCCCUUCAGGUGAAAUGAAAGCUGUUGUCAGAGAGUGCAUAAUCAAAGGAGAGGACAUACAGUUUCUUGAGAUCUGGAAUAAAAACAUCAAGAUGAAGAGCAUCAAUCUAACAGCUUUAAAGAAGCACGGCAAAGUCUAUGAAGAUGACCAGUUUGGCUGCUUGGUUUGGUCCCACUCUGAGACCCACCUCUUGUACGUGGCAGAGAGGAAGAGGCCUAAGGCAGAAUCUUUCUUCCAGGCUGACUCAUCUGUGUUGUCUUCCACUGGAGAUGAGGAGGAGACCGCAAGGGUGGAGAAAAAGGAGGCUGUGAAAGGGGAGCAGUUUGUCUUCCGUGAGGACUGGGGAGAGGCACUGGUUAGUAAGAGCUGUCCAGUGCUUUGUGUUUUGGAUAUCGAUGGUGACAACGUCUCUGUGUUGGAAGGAGUGCCUGAAAAUAUCUCACCUGGGCAGGCAUUUUGGGCUCCAGGGGACACAGGUGUGGUGUUUGUAGGCUGGUGGCAUGAGCCUUUCAGACUUGGCCUCAAGUACUGCCCAAACAGGAGGUCAUCUUUGUUCUAUGUGGACCUCACUGGUGGGAAAUGUGAACAGCUGUCAUCAGGCACCAGUGCAGUGUGCUCCCCCAGACUGAGCCCAGAUCAGUGUAGGAUUGUUUACCUGGAAUGUUCUGUGUUUGGACCACACAUGCAAUGCAGCAGGCUCUGUAUGUAUGACUGGUAUACUAAGAAGACCUCGGUGGUGGUGGACGUGGUGAAGAGGCCUGGAGAGGAUGGCUUUGCUGGUAUCUACAGUUCUCAGUUGUCCCCUCAGUGCUGGUCAGCUGACAGUCAGCGCAUAAUCCUUGCUUGUCCUCAGCGCAGCCGCAAGGAUCUGUUGGUUGUUGAUACAAGCACUGGGAGCCUCACCUCUCUGACUUCAAAAUCUGAUGUGGGUAACUGGUGUCUGCUGAACAUAGAGAGAGAUCUGAUGGUGGUCAGCUGCUCCUCUCCAAACAGCCCCCCCAGUCUGAGGGUGGCUUUCCUUCCCCAAAAAGACUCUCAGGAGGAAGUGGUGUGGAUUACUUUGGAAAACUCUCAGACGUUGCAAGAUAUUGAUUGGCAGAUCUUGACAUUCACCCCUCCUCCAGAGCAAGACAACAGUCAAUACCCUGGCCUUGAUUUUGAAGCUUUGCUGAUCAAACCAAAGGAGGUUAAAGAUGGAGUGAAGCUGCCUCUUAUCGUCACUCCUCAUGGGGGUCCUCACUCUGUGAUUGUGGCUGACUGGAUUCUGUCAUCAUCUGUGCUGUGCCGGAUGGGCUUUGGCAUAUUACUGGUGAACUAUCGUGGCUCUAUUGGGUUCGGGCAGGACAGCGUCCUCUCAUUACCUGGAAAUGUUGGCACCCAGGAUGUCAAAGAUGUUCAAUUUGCUGUUGAAAGUGUUCUGAAAGGUGCCGAAUUCGACAUGCAGAAGGUGUCAGUUUCUGGGGGCUCCCACGGUGGUUUCCUGGCCUGCCAUCUCAUUGGCCAGUACCCAGGAUUCUACAAGGCCUGUGUGGCUCGCAACCCUGUCAUCAAUCUGGCAUCGAUGAUUGGCAGCACAGACAUCCCAGACUGGUGCAUGGUUGAGGCCGGCUUCGACUACAGCACCGACUGUCUACCUGAUCCAGCUGUUUGGGAACAGAUGUUGAACAAGUCCCCCAUUAAACACGUUACACAGGUACAGACACCAGUGUUGCUUGCCUUAGGGGAAGAUGAUAAGCGUGUACCCAACAAGCAAGGAAUUGAAUAUUACAGAGCGCUCAAAGCAAAGCAGGUCCCAGUGCGGUUGUUGUGGUACCAGGGCAACAAUCAUGCUCUCUCCAAGGUGGAUGCUGAGUCUGACGGCUUUAUGAACAUUGCUCUAUGGAUAAUUCAACAUAUGUGUCAGUGAUGGUAAAUCAGAUAACAGCAAAUAACUGUGUAAGGGAUAUUCUACGUUUCUUUUCAAGGGCAUUCUGACGUCCAAGCCAAAGAAUUUAAAGUGCUUUCCAACAUGAAGAUUUCUUGUAAAUAUAUACACUACUUGUAAUCUGUCUGUAACUAUGUUACUUGUUUCCAUGGUUGCUUUAUUGAAGUUGAUGAAGGAGCGAUAGUUUUAACACAGCACUUGAAUAAAAACACAUUUGAUGCAGUUUUACUUAAUCAGAAACACAUUUAACCUGCACAGUUUGUUAAUUUUGCAGUCUCCACAUUAAAGAAAAUAAAGGGCUUUAUUUGUCUGUAA